AUGACGAAACCUUCUUUGCAUUUACACAAGGAGGGUUUUAAUUUCUUAAACCGAUCAAGUUGCACACUCAAUGACAUAUUUGAUGGUGGUGAUGGUAUAAUCCGUUCGGCCGUCUGGUAUCAAGUUCUGAUCGGGUCAUCCACCAUUCAUUUCAAUUUUGUUUUAAUUUCUCAAACUUUAGACCUUUCUGUUUCCGCUGUAUCAGGGCCUCAGAAUGCUAGAAGAAGUGACCGUGAUAUCUUGCUGUCGUCCAAUUUGAAGAGAUAUACCUUUGCAGAACUUGAGAUAGCCACUGGAAAUUUCCAUCCAUAUAGUAUAAUAGGAGAUGGUGGUUUUGGAUUGGUUUAUAAGGGGUGGAUUCAUCAGAAUUCAUUGGCUGCUACCAAACCUGGCACUGGCAUUGCUGUUGCUGUCAAAAGACUAAGACCAAAGAGCUUACAGGGUCAUAGGGAGUGGUUGGCUGAAGUCAACUAUCUUGGAAAGUUUUCUCAUCCUAAUUUAGUGAGAUUGAUUGGUUAUUGCCUUGAAGAUGAAUGCCGCCUUCUCGUAUAUGAACUUAUGCCCCUUGGAAGCUUGGAAGAUCACUUGUUCAGCAGAUAUCGAAAGCGAGAGCCAGAUCCAGAUGCUGUCGAACCUCUUUCUUGGAGCAUCCGUCUGAAGGUUUCUCUUGAUGUUGCCAAAGUGCUUGCAUUUCUGCACAGUGCUACAACAAAAGUGAUAUAUAGAGAUUUCAAGACUUCAAAUAUCUUGUUGGAUUCUGAUUAUAAUGCAAAGCUUUCUGAUUUUGGACUGGCAAGGGAUGGUCCGAAUGACAACGGAAGCCACGUCUCCACCAGGAUAAUGGGAAUUGAGGGAUAUGCAGAUCCCGAAUAUGUAGACUCGGGCCAUCUUACUACUAAGAGUGAUGUCUAUAGUUUUGGAGUUGUCCUGCUGGAAAUAUUAACUGGUGAGUUGGUACUUGACAUGACUAAAUAUGGAAGUGACAACUUGGUGGAAUACAUAAAGCCGCACCUGGCCGACAAAACCAAGAUUUUCGGUCUGUUGGACAGUGAGCUUAAAGGGCAGUAUUUGACAGAAGAGGCAUACAAGGUAGCCACUCUUGCUCUGCAAUGCCUAUCAUUAGAGUCCAAGUUCAGGCCUAACAUGGAUGAAGUUGUUAGAACUUUGGAGAAGCUGCAAGUUCCUAAUUUGAAUGUAGGCAAUCUAAAGCAUGCUGAUGGACAAUCUCUAAACUUGGUAGAACUGACUGUCCUGCAGACAGACCAGGGAAUCCACCUUGCAUGAUUUGCUGGUGAUGUUGUCCAUGAUCACAGGUACCACUCACAAUGGAUAUAUAUAGUCACAACAACACUUGAGUUGUUUAUCUUAUAGUUUUCUCUCUGUGCUUAAACUUGCCGUUAGACACAAGUUUCGAUUGUUUUCCAAAAGUCUUCCAAAUACGGUUGACAUUUAUUUCCUCCUCAUGUGACUCAUCUUUUGAUUUUUUUUGAAUGAGACCUAAAUGCCCUCUUAAUUUUGUAUGAUGAACUAAGUGAGAAUUGUUUCCAAAAGUAUAAGGGAACUUUAAAAAGGACCCAAAUAUCCUUAUCGGUCCUCU